AAUAUUUUUACUUUCACUUUGCUCGUCUUCCAUGUGUUAAAUAAAUCGUGUUAAAAGUUGAGUGUUCAGUAAACAAUUUUCGCUGAGUAAAAUAUUAGUUAUUAUUUUGCAUAUCUACAGUGUGAUCGCGUUUAACUCAUGAAUAUUUUCGGUUCAGGACGUUUUCUCAGUCACCGGGGAAAAGUUGAAACUGAGAUGGUUGGACCGGUUUCAAUUUCUGGGGAGAGUUUAUUCUCUAACCGUUGGGUAAAAGCCAUAGGAAUAGUGCUUGCAUGUGGUGUAGCAUCGGAACUUGUAUAUUUUGCAUAUAAACGGAUUAAACGCAUGUGUUGUGACAAUGCGGUAAGAAACAAUGAUCAAAAACAAUUUGUUGAAGAAGUUUUAUUCUUUCCUGACGCUCAGAUAGCUUGCAAAGAAUUCUUUGUCGGAGACGGUUGUCGUCGACUGAACUGUAGAUUUACUCACGAACAUAACUCCCUAAGUCGUCUGUACACUUUUUUAGCCGAUGCCAAACAAUCGCUGGACGUCUGUGUGUUUGUUAUAUGCUGUGCCGACCUCGGGGACCUUCUUGUGACGGCUCACAAGAACAACGUGCGCGUACGUGUGAUAUGUGACGAUGAGCAGAUAGAUAUUACAGGAUCCCAGAUAUGGAGAUUAAGAAAAGAAGGAAUCCCAGUGCGGACAGACAACUCUUCCUAUCUCAUGCACCACAAGUUUGUGGUGAUAGACGGAACACAUCUACUGACCGGUUCUUUCAACUGGACCCGCCAAGCUAUAUCAGGAAACCAGGAAAACCUUGUCGCGCUGAGGAAUAUGCGUAUAGUAUCACAGUUUUCCAGUGAGUUUGAAAAACUUUGGAAAGAGUUUGACCCCAAAAGAUACAACGAAAGUUCACUUCAUCGUUAUGAAGACUUACCAGUGAGUUGAUGAAUAUGGAGUUUGAACAAUCAAGACAAAAUGUACAAUUGAAGUUUGAGAACGUAUUUGUUUCAACAAGCUUGGCUUGCGUCUAGUUAACUGUCUUACCAUCACCGGUUUCUGUUUAUAGACAGCUAGUUCUGGCUACCAUAACUUCAAAUGUCGCUUUUUAUGAUUUUUAUACAGGUCUGUCAAUACUAUAUAAACUGUACGCUGAAGUUUCUUUAGCUAAUAGACAGCAUUCUUGUGCCAUAAUUAUUAAUCAAAACGAAUGAUUACAUAUAUAUAUUAGUACUACACGAUCUAAAGAACUGCUACUUUGAAACAUAUGUCAAUUUUGUAAAAGUAGCUUAUUUGAAUAUACACAAUGUUAUUGAUGCAAUUGUUUACAGUAUUUCAAAUACUGAGCACUAGAAUACACACAACAUUUCAAAUUACUUCAGAAGUUAAACUUAACAGUACUUAUACAGUACCUUUACUCAGGACGUUAACACCGACACAUCGUGACAUUUAUGCAACAAAUCCGCCGUUUUAAACCAGACAGUCGCAAACGUUAAAAUAAGAUGAUUGAGCACUUUCAAACGCUCAUUAAACGCCAUAUAUUAAAUUAAUCAUACGUAUGUUCUGAUGUUCUAAUGAGUUUUUAAAAUGCUUUAAAUGAAGUAUGAAAUGUAAUAAAGUUACAUUA